AUGAGAUGCCUGUUGUGUUUACCGUACUGUUUGUUACAUGCGCGCUUAAUCUAUGCGGCUAUUUUGAGGAAAACUCUCCACCUGAAGGGAAAGCGUAUCAUUGAGUUGGGCGCAGGGACUAGCAUUGUUGGCAUUUUGGCAGCACGAUUGCGUAAUAUGUUGGUUCAUUCUUUGUCCAUCCAGUAGAGGUCGGUAAUGAUGUUCAGUAGCAGCCACUGUUUUCAGUAGCCUGAAUCAUAAUUGUUAAAUUUUGUUAUAUCCAUUAAUAUAUUUUUAAUAGCUGUUCCCAUCACACUGUUCCAUCAUGUCACAAACAUUAGCCUACAAAUGCACUUUUCAAAGACUUUGAAACACUAAAAAAGGUUUAAAUCACGCAAUCAUUUAUGGGGUAUUUACCUCAUAUUUCCCACUCUCACAGGAGCGGAUGUGACCUUGACAGACCUCCCCCUUGUUGUCCCUCAACUGCAAAGCAAUGUCUCUGCAAACAUGCCAUCUUCCGGCUGGCCUUCUUUCGCCCCCUCUGUCCUCCCCCUCUCCUGGGGCCAGUACCAGGCCAGCUUCCCCUCAGACUGGGACCUGGUGCUGGGUGCAGAUAUUGUGUACCUGGCUGAGACUUACCCCCUCCUUCUGGACACGCUGGCUCACCUGUGCAAGGACGGGGCUGUGGCAUACCUCUCAUCCAAGAUGCGAGGAGAGCACAGGACACCUGGCUUCUACAGAGACACUCUGCCACAGAGGUUCCAUGUAGAGCUGGUGCACCGCGACCCCACACAGAACAUCAACAUCUACCGCGCUACUCAGAGAGGGAAACAGUGA